GGGCAGGGGAUAGUACUCCUAACCUCCUUGAAUCCCUGCGUUGUGGGUAGAAUACACGCUGUACUUAAAAAAUACUACAACACAUUUUGUUACAGACAAGUGUCUUUUUUUUUUACAAGUAUGGGGAAUAAUAAUAGUCAUUCCUCUUUUGAGUCAGACGAUCAUGGAGGCGUUACGUUUGUGAAGGGCAUUCGGCUUUCUGAUAAAGUCAUUGACCGAAUGAGGGAGUCACCAAGAAAGGCCUGUCCACGGCCAGGUCAAAAAGCUGCCUCCACACCCCAUGCUGUGCCUGCUUCUCCCCAACCCAGACUCACACCCAUACCCACUGCUGAACGACUGGUCCCAGUUUUGCCUCAGUCUCCUCAUUUUGUGAGCACUCUACUGCCUCCUCCACUUAUCAAGCCAGUGCCAAUCAUUGAAACACUGCCAAGCCCUCCCCUCCAACAUUCCUUUGAGGAAGUCAAAACACAGUCCCCGAUACCACCUAAAGAGCAGCGGUCAAUAACUUCCACAACUCCUGCAGAAGGCAAAGUGGAGCCUACACCAUCAGUAAAAGAAGUUGUAGCCUCACCAUCUUCACUUCCAGAAUCAGUUGUCAGCUCUUCACCCACACCUGUAACUGAAGCCAUUCCCUCACCUGUUCAGGCGACACCUAAAGUUGUUUCUACUGAACCUGUAGCCUUACCACCCUCUCCACCUGUUGAUGUGCCAACCUCAACAACGCCUUCAUUGGUUGUAACACCCAUCCCUCCUCCUUCAGUUGAGCGUGUGGCUGAAUUUCUACCUUCACCUGAGCCUAAAGUCAUACAAAUGCCUUCUGUUGAACCUACAAUUGUGCCUGUGGAAUCCAAACCUUUACCUACACCUCCUGUUGAACCUUUGAAUGUACCCUCUCCUUCAACUGAGUAUGUUAACGAAUCUCUUCCUGCACCUGAGCCUAAAGUCAUACAAAUGCCUUUUGUUGAACCUACAGUUGUGCCUGUAGCUGUGGAACCUGAACCUUUACCUACACCUCCUGUUGAACCUUUGAAUGUCUCCUCUCCUUCAGUUGAGCGUGUCGCUGAAUUUCUAUCUACACCUGAGCCUGAAGUCAUUCAAAUGCCUUCGGUUGAGCCUACAGUUGUACCUGUAGCUAUGGAACCUGAACCUUUACCUACACCUCCUGUUGAACUUUUCAAUGUCUCCUCUCCUUCAGUUGAGCGUGUCGCUGAAUUUCCAUCUACACCUGAGCCUGAAGUCAUUCAAAUACCUUCGGUUGAGCCUACAGUUGUACCUGUAGCUAUGGAACCUGAACCUUUACCUACACCACCUGUUGAACCUUUGAAUGUUUCUUCUCCUUCAGUUGAGCGUGUCACUGACUUUCUACCUACACCUGAGCCUGAAGUCAUACAAAUGCCUUCAGUUGAACCUACAGUUAUACCUGUAGCUGUGAACCCUGAACCUUUAUCUACACCUCCUGUUAAUCUUUUGAACGUGCCCUCUCCCUCCGCUGAAGCUGAGACUCCGUCUACACGGCCAUCCAAAGAGCCUAUAGUCAUACCACAACCUUCAGCUGAUGAACUUGUAGUUGUACCCACACUUCCCACUAUUGAGCCUGUAGCUGAACCCACUCUUGUUCCCGCUGGACCUGUCGCUGAACCUGUACCUCCAGUUCAGCCCCUAGAUAUACAAGUCCACCUUGUGGAACCAACAAACGUACCCGCACUUCCGGUUGAAGCUAUUGCUGCACCUGAGCAUUCUGAAGACUCCGUUAUACCUGUAUCCCACCCAGUUGAACCUGUAGUCACACACACGUGCCAUCAUGAACCUGUAGCUGUGUCUUCCCCGACUGAAACUACAGGCACGGCUGCUGAGGCCAUUUUUUCACCAGUGCCUUCUGCUCCCACACCUCUACCUAUUACAGAAGAAACUGAGGCAAUUGCUAUGCCCUCACCCUCUGUAGUGCCCUCAGUCCCGCUGCUUGCCCUGGAAGACCAUGCAGAUAUGCUUCCAAACCCUUCAGCUGCCACUCCUCCUGCCAGUGGACUAUUAGCCUUGCAAGCAGGAUCAGAUAGUCCACCUCCCCCACCUGAGAGGCCUGUGGACACCCAUCCAAUCCCCUCCCUCCUUGAUACCAUGAGCCCUCCCCCUCAGCUACCUCCACCUAAAACACCUGUGGUCAAUGAAGAUGAAUUGAGAACACAAAUCAAAGGUGAACUACAGAGACUACUGGAGCAGGAGAUGAGCCAAGCACAAUUAAGGAUUCAGAAACAAUUAGAAGAGGAGAAACUCCGAGCCAGGGCCCUCGCUCAGGUGGCUGCUCAGGCCCAGAUCCAGGAGCAGGUAAAGAAGGUGUUGGAUGAGGAGAGGGCUGCCCACCAGAAGUCCUUAAAAGAGACCAUCAUGAAGGAGCGCAUGAACACUGAGGAUGAGCGCCUCAUUGCCCAGUAUUAUUGGUUGGAGCGGAAGGCUCAGAAGCUGGAGGAGAGAGAUCAAGACCUGAAGAAACAAGAUGUCCUUUAUAGGGAGCAGAUCAACAAGCUGGAAGAGAAGAGUACGCUAUUUUACAAGGUCACUAGUGAGAACUUCCGCAAGGGGAAAGAGGAUGCGCACAAUCGCUUCAAGAGAGUUCAGAUUAAACCUGCUUGUUCUGAGCUGCAAGAACAGAUAAUGAAGUGUUAUAAGGACAACCAAGGCCAGACCUUAGCCUGUUCCAAUAUCGCCUCACUCUACAUUCAAUGUGUGGACAAAGCCAAACAAGUAUGAAUCACAAGGCAUGCAGGGCAUGUGGUUGAAUUGUUCUUGAAAAGCGAAGACGAGUAUUGGGGCGUAAACCUGAUAAAUCUCAGGAUGGCAGCAGCAUCCAUAUACAAUCCAACAUGUCCUAAAGUGAGAUCAAGCCAUAAGAGACCGUUUACAGUGUACUCUUUUUCUGAACAGGAUCUCCAAUACAAAGGUUUCAAUGCUCUUAACAAUCCACUGUGUAGUGACAAAACCUGUAGAUUUGUGAAGGCCCUGUCGGGGAUAUAGGCCAUGCAAGACAAGAACUGGAAACAUUGUAGUUUGUUGACUCUUCAUGUUCCACAAAUGCAUUGUUAAUGUACACAGUAUUGCACCACCAACCCAGAAGUUAACUACAGGAUGUUCACACUGCUCAUAUGGCGGAGGACUGAAUUAUCAGAAUUGCAAUAAUUGUACAAUCACUUAACAAAUUUGCAAUCAACAAAAUGCCAAGGGUUAGGUGGAUGCAUGCUGAUUUUAAAUCUUUAUAAUUUGAAUUACGGUAUGAAUGUGAAGCCAAAUAAAAGGGAAAAUUCUUUAAAAUUA